AUGAGAUCUCAUUAUCAAUAUCUUGUUAUCGGAGGAGGCUCGGGAGGCGUUGCUUCGGCUAGAAGGGCUGCAGGCUAUGGUGCGUCCACUCUUCUCAUUGAGUCGAAGGAAAUGGGUGGCACCUGUGUUAACGUUGGAUGCGUUCCCAAGAAGGUUAUGUGGUAUGCAUCUGACAUGGCGUCCAAAAUUGGUAUUGCCAAGGAUUAUGGUUUUUUCAAAGUUGAUUCUUCCUUUGCCCACGACUUUGAUUGGUCCACAUUUAAACAGAAAAGGGAUGCCUAUAUCAAGAAAUUGAAUGGCAUAUACGAACGUAAUAUGAGCAACGAGGGAGUGGAAUACAUUUAUGGGUUGGCUAGUUUCACUAAGGAUGGAAUAGUGCAAGUAAGAGACAAAUCGGACCCCUCUAAGGUGUCUACUUUCACCGCAGAUAACAUUUUGAUCGCUACUGGCGGUAGACCGGUUAUGCCUACGAAGAUUCCAGGAUACGAGCUAGGAAUCAACUCUGAUGGGUUUUUCAAACUUGAAAAGCAGCCAAAGAGAGUUGCACUGGUUGGAUCAGGCUUUGUUGGGGUAGAAUUCAGCGGUGUGUUCAACGCUUUGGGUUCAGAGACUCAUAUGAUCAUUCGUCAUGAUACUGUUUUAAGUAAAUUCGACGAUCUUAUUAAACAUACCAUCACUGAUAAGUAUGAGAAGGAAGGCGUAUUUAUUCACAAGAACUCCAACAUUAAAAGUGUUGAGAAGUUGGCUGACGGUUCCAAGAAAGUUACACUGGAUACCGGAGUCGUCAUUGAGGUUGACGAGUUGAUCUGGUGCAUUGGUAGACGCUCAAUGAUAGAGAUGCAUCCAGAAAACAUUAAUUUGAAAUUAAACGAUAGAGGACAGGUUGUUGUUGAUGAAUGGCAGCAAACCAACGUUCCAAAUGUGUAUUCAUUAGGCGAUGUUGUUGGAAAUGUGCAAUUGACACCCGUGGCCAUCGCCACCGGUCGUAAAUUGUCCAACAGAUUGUUUGGACCUGAGCAGUUCAAGAACCAGAAAAUGGACUUUGAAAAUGUUCCAUCAGCGGUGUUUUCUCACCCGGAAGUGGGAGCCAUUGGUCUCGCUGAACAUGAUGCCAAGGCCAAAUAUGGGGAAGAGAAUAUCAAAUCUUAUACGUCGAGGUUCAACAGCAUGGCUUAUGCAAUGACUGAGCACAAGUCACCUACUGCCUACAAGUUGGUCUGUUUAAGGACGGAGAAAGAGAGAAUUGUUGGUCUGCACAUAGUUGGAGAUGGAGCCUCUGAGAUCCUUCAAGGAUUUGGCGUCGCCAUCAAGAUGGGUGCCACUAAGGCUGAUUUUGACAACUGCGUAGCCAUUCAUCCAACGUCUGCUGAGGAACUUGUUACUAUGAAAUAA